AUGGACGUGCAAGCUGUGUGCCAGGAUGUGGGGGACUUGCAUGUAACUGGGCCUCUGCAGGACAUGAAUUUCUCUGUUCCAGAAGGAGGAGGAGUGCGCUUCAUUUACCAGUUCACAUCCAAGCCACCUGCUGUGAGUUUUAGAGUGACUGGUGAAACAGAUGGAAUAAUUGAACUGGCACCAAGGAAAGGAAUCCUGUAUCUCAAUGGGUCUCUGGACUGGGAGAACAAAACAGAGCACAGGCUGCAGGUGGAAAGUCUGGAUGAAGAGGGAAGCGUGGUGGAAGGCCCAUGUGCUGUUACAAUCCAUGUGUUGGAUAUCAAUGACAACCCACCCGUAUUUGACCAGCCGCAGUACACGGGAGUGGUGAGGCAGAACUCCCGGCCAGGCAAGCCUUUCAUGUACGUCCACGCCACUGACCGUGACGAUCCUACAACUCCCCACGCGCAGCUGACCUACAGCAUUCUCCACCACUUUCCCAACCCUUAUCCAGAAAUGCUUUUCCAGAUUGACAGUGUCACUGGAGCAAUCUCACCUAGCAGGACAGGCUCUUAUUACUUAGAUCCUCAGAAGCAGGACACCUUCACACUCGUCGUCACUGCGAAGGACAUGGCUGGGAUGACAACAAAUGCUUUCACCAGCAGCACUGAUGUGAUCAUCACAGUGAAGGAGAGCCUGUGGAAAGCUCCUCCCACCAUCCACAUCCUAGAAAACUCAACCCAAGUCCACCCUGUCAACAUCAGCCAGGUGCACUCAAAUGAACCAGAUGUCACUUUUGACGUGUUUGAAAAGGAAAAGUUGCCCAGGCUGCCGUUCUCCAUCGACCAGGAUGGGGUCAUUUAUGUGACUGAACCACUGGACAGGGAAGAAAAGGAUGCUUAUACUUUCUUUGUGGUCACAAAAGAUAAAGAGGGGGAACUGGUGGACAAGCCCCUGCAGAUUCAUGUUAUUGUGGAGGACAUUAAUGACAACCCCCCUGUGUGCCAGCAGGCCCUCACUGUGCUGGAAGUUCAAGAAAAUGAAGGUGCAGGCAGCAGUAUUGGCACUGUGUUUGCCACGGACAUGGACCAGGAGGACACCCUGAACUCUCGUCUGCUAUUCAGCAUCCAAAGUCAGGUUCCUGCUAUUCCUACAGGCCAGCUGUUCAUCAUUCAGCAAGACACUGGGGUUUUGCAGUUAACCAGCCAGUCCUUAAACAGGGGCAUGGCAUCCAACUACACUUUGAAGGUGCUGGUGUCAGAUACAGCAUUCCAAACAGUCUGUGAUGUGCAAGUACAUGUCAUUGACAUCAAUGACCAGAUUCCCAUCUUUGAAAGAUCAGAUUAUGACAGUGUGACUGUUGCUGAAAAUCUCCCAGUAGGAACUGUACUAUUAGAAAUUCAAGCCACAGAUGGAGAUGAGCCUGGCACAGGGAGCUCCUACAUCAUUUACCAAGUGAAGGAGGGAGAUCCUAACAAUACCUUCAUCAUAGAGACAGAUUCUGAAACAAACCGAGGGUUCCUGAAGGUUAACAAGGCUCUUGAUUUUGAAGCAGCUCCAGCCUAUGACCUGGUGAUCAACGCCACAAACCCCGAGCCCCUCGUGUCGGGCGUGCAGUACAACUCCAGCUCCCUUGCCACCUUUAAAGUCUUUGUGACAGAUGUGGACGAGCCACCUGUUUUCCACAAGCCUGUGUACAAAGAAGAAGUGUCUGAAGACAUUCCUGUCAACACUCUGGUCGUGACAGUGGAGGCCUCUGAUCCUGAGGGGGAUUCUGUACGAUACUCCUUAGAAGGUGAUGUGAGGAGGUGGCUGAGCAUUGACCCAGCCACUGGGCAGGUACACACUGCUGCUGCUUUGGAUCGAGAGCAACAAGAAAUAUACACAGUGGAUGUUGUGGCAGCAGAGAUGAAUAAUGCAGCUCAGAAAUCCAGGGCAGUCCUGGUGCUACACUUAAAAGAUGUCAAUGACAACCCCCCAGGGUUGGAUACAGAUAAUCCUCCUUUCUUCUGCUACCCUCUCAGUGGAGGAGAGAGGGCUUUGAUCAAAGCUGUUGAUGCUGAUGAACUGUGGUGGUAUUCAACAUUCACCUUUACUCUGGCUGAUGAUUUGCAUACAAGGAGUAACUGGGAACUCUCCAAAGUCAAUGCUACUCAUGCUUACCUCUCCCCGAAGCACACUGGCUUUGAGGAGAAGGUCUACUAUGUCCCAGUCACAGUUAAUGACAAUGGAAAGCCACCUCUGCAAGGAGAAGUGAAUCUGCCAGUCAACAUCUGCAAGUGCUCAAGUGAAAUGUCCUGUUUUAUUGAAGUAGAACGAGAGCACUCCUGGCCAACUGUUGGGCAGGCAGUUGGGAUCCUUCUGGCAGUCCUGCUCAUCAUUGGUGCCAUUGUAGGAGGUGUGUUUUGGCACAUGAAACACAAAGAGAAAGACAAGAAUAAAAGCCAUCAGAAAGAUGCCAAGGAUAGGUCUGAACUGAACAGGUUGGCUUAG